AAAUUUACAAACUCACUUCGUUCUGAACAACCGAUGUGUUCCAUGGACGACGAAGACGACGAUUUAGACUUGCUGUGCUUUGUGGCGAAUCAAGAAUACGACGCGUCCAUUCCGAGUCUCCCGUUGGGUGACGUCACGCCCAGUGAUACGUCAUCAAAUGAAGAGAAGAGCAACAGAGAGAAUAAAGAGAAUGAAAAUGGAAUGGAUUUUAGUGACGUUGCUGGUAUGGCUGCUCAAAUGAAGAAAAUGCAGCAAAAGAUAGAAGCUCUAGAGAAGAAACUGGAUGAUAAAAUGCUUGGAAAGAGACAAGAACAACCUCCACACGUGACUCUACCACAGAAAUCUCACUCGACAACUCAACAACGACCCAAACAAACAGCCAGACACACAACACACCAGCCAACAUCGCAACCGUUGCUCAACACCACAACAGGUCAGAAGCAGUCGUCAGUGGCAAAGCUGCAGGAAGAUGAAAGUGAUGUGGUCACUGAGUUUUACUCUGGUUUAAGACUGAAGAACCCUCUCAUCUCUCCGUCUGCAAUGAGAGAGAAAAUGGACGGUCGUCAGAUGGUUAAAUUGUCACGUGUUGCUGAAGGAACUUUACCAAGCAUCGUGAAAGACAAGGAUUGGGUCACAAUAGGAGUGAUCAUAAACAAGUUACCACCCAAAGAAACAUGCAAGGGUGACAAGUUUGCUGCCUGGAAGCUCUCCGACCUUUCAUCAUCAUCAUCAGUUGUUAUGCUCUUUCUAUUCAAAGACGUGUACCACACCCACUGGAAGACAUCACAAGGACAAGUGAUCGCCCUCCUCAACCCAAACAAAAUGCAAACAAAAGAGGGCCGUGAAACUGUUGCCGUGUCUGUUGAUCAUCCCAACAAACUCAUGCUGCUUGGCAUGUCAAAAGAUCUUGGAGUCUGUCAAGGAAGGAACAAAGCAACCAACCGACAAUGUCAAAACCACAUCAACAAAUCCCAAGGAGACUACUGCGAGUUCCACGUUCAAGCCGCAUACAAGCGAGCAAGAGCUAACCGCAUGGAAUGCCAAAAAGGCUAUGGACCUACAGCAAAGGUAAAACGAGACGGAAAUUCUCGAUUUACAGAUGGAUUUUUCUACGGUGGGCAAUCGUUUAGUUUUGGUUCAUCAGACACGAAGAGAAGCGUUUCAUCGCAAGGUGGUGGCACAGGAGGAAGGGGAGGGAGGUUGAGUGCCAGUAGUGUGGCUGGUGUGUCCGAGAUGAUGGCCGAAAGUGAAGAACAAGGGAGGAGGACGAGAGCAAGAAGGGCAACUGGAGUGACGAUGAUGGCAAAGGGAUCGGAAACAUUUAAGAAAAUGCUUGAAACACAAUCGGUUGGUGCUCGAAACUUCAGCAAACUCCAUAAACAUGAAACAGAGACUGCUUUACCACCAGCCAAGAGGCCCAAGUCUGCAACCGAAAUAAUCAACGAACACAAACCCAGACAAUCAAAAAAGCAAGCAACACCAUCACCACUCCCUCCCAAACCAUCACAACUACACGAAAACCCCAACUGGUUAAAUCCCAAGCAAACAAAAUCCAACACAGAUAAACCGAUCAAAGAGACCAGGCAAAAACAGAUAGAAGACAGCGACAGUGACGAUGACUUCGCAUACAGACAAGACGAUGAAAUCACGCCAAAUCAUGGAAAUAAAUCAAAGCCAGUGAUAGGUCGAGGACUCAAUAAAGACCAUCAUGUAUUUGAUCUUGAUCUUGAUGUACGACAACCCACAAUGAAUCAGAGGAAAAACAAAGCAGCAGAAAUGGCCAAGAAGAAAGCAGUAGACGCAAUCAAACGGACAGGAGGUAUUGAACUGGAUGAUGCGAACAAGAGUGGGAGAAAGAAGAAGAAGACAGUUGAAAAGAUCGAGGAAAUACGGAGACGAGCAGGUGAUCAAUCAGCACAGGCAAACAGCAAUGCACCAGAAUCAGUUGAUGAUACAAAAAUGUCAGUUGAACCAUCUGAUACCAUACCCACAAGUCAAGUCAAGACCUCCAAGAGUCGGCUCUGUUUGGCCGAUUUUAACAUUGAUAUCAAUUCCGAGCAAGGCAAGAGCCUCAUUACAGCAAGAUCAAAGCAUGAAGGGCUGUUGGCAUUGGCUGAGCAAGAGAGGGAAGAGAGAUACUUCCAUCGUCUGGAGGAACGUGAGAAGAUGGAGGACAAGAUGAGAGCAACGAUGGAAAUAAGAGUCAGAGUGACUUCGUGCAUUGAUUGUUGCUAUACAGCAGAGAGUGCUGCACAGCGUUGCCUUGACGAACGUCACAAGACUGUGAAACACAAGGCAACAAAGCGUUUCUUCUCCUGCAAGAACUGCAAGCAACGUACAUGCACAUACGACGAAAAAUAUCCUUUGAAAUCAUGCAAGAACUGUGCGAAUCAUAAUUUCGAAAAGAAGUCUAUGUUUAUAGAAAGGAAAACCAGCUCUGAAGACAAGCUGCUCAUACGCGGCCUUGAACACCCCAAAUUCAUGAACAGCCUACGAUGAUGAGACGACCACAAUUAAUCUAUCAACUCGACUCUAAUUUUAUUUCUCUGCGUGUAAUAAAUUCAUCAACAAUAUUAUGAAUCUAUUGAUAUCGACAAUAUUUUGAUUUAUUGAUAUCAACAAUAUAAUAG